GCAAGGUGUAUUGUUUAGAAGAGGGGGAGAGAAAUUGGGUGUUUGUGGGGUUUCUGUUAGGAAAAAAAACAAGCUAACAACUACAUAGGUUCUUGUAGUAUUAAAUCUGUUUCCUUGGUGACUAUUUGGAGUUGUAUGUAAAGUAUAUCUUAGAUUUUCAGCAGCUUUGGUCUGAGAAGCACUUUGUGCACUUGAUUUAAAAUGAAAGACGAAAUUGCUGCCACGGUCUUCUUCAUCACAAGGCUGGUGAAAAGGGAAGACAAGCUGAGUAAGCAUAAAAUUGAGAAAUUUGCAGCUAAGUUGACAACAAUACUGUUUGAGAAGUACAAGAAUCACUGGUACUUGGACAAUCCAUCCAGAGGACAAGCCUUCAGGUGUAUAAGGAUAAACAAACAUCAGACAAGAGAUCCGCUGCUGGAGCAAGCUUGUGUGGAGAGUAAUGUGGACUUCAGUAAUCUUGGUUUGCCAAAAGAGAUGACGCUAUGGGUUGAUCCAUUUGAGGUAUGUUGCAGGUAUGGUGAGAAGAACCGGCCGUUCACAAUUGCCCACUUCGAGGGAGAGGAGAACCCAGAGCUCCCUCAGCAGAUCAGCUAUGCUGUUGACAGAGCAGCUCUAGACUAUCAGUCUGGCACUUCUUCUGAUGAGGAGAGCUUCAUCAAGGAACCAAAAGCUAUCCCUACUGUCAGUAACCCUAACAGUAUCUACCAGUUUAGUGACUACUGCAAGCCACCCAUGCAGCACUGGUCGCAGUAUCUUCAUAGGAAGACAUACAUGACUGAUGGCUCAUACUAUGCCCAGCACAGGGGUUACAAAACCUACAGGCCAACAGCUGCUUUCAUAGGACCACGUGUUGAUAGAUACCACUGGAUCAAUACCAAGCGGUAGAUCUGUGGCUGCACAUGUUAGAGGCUGUUGAAGCACUGAGCUAUGGUAUGGGAUGAAGGCUGGCACUACAAAGCUUCAUGAAAACAGAAAGCACUUACUGUCUGUUCCCUAUCUCUUACUCUGUAUAUCUGGAACUUCGGGGUUUUAUUAUGUAACUUUUUAAUGUUUUAUUAAUGUUAACAUAAGACUGAAAAUUAAUGUGACUCUACUUGUAAGUUAAAAAGGAAAUGCAUAUAUCAAUAAAUCUAAUCAUGUUCUUUUAAAAGCUGUGUGAUCUGCUAUCAGUGCCCUGAAGGCAGUUAAAGCUUUUCAGUGAAGUCACAAGCAAGUCAAGGAAGAUUUAAAAAAAAAAAAGUGAAAAGUGACUUGCCUUGAAAGGUAAUCUGUGUCCUCCUGGCAAAAGUAGCAAGAGCAGAAGCAUACUCUGUAGUUGCACAUCUACACAUCACAAGUGGUUGAGUGAAGCUUUGCUAUUUGCAGCUGUGAAAGACUGCCUUGUGGCUCCAGCUGGGCUUCUGCUUCUUAGCCUGUAGCUUACCUGUCAGAAGAACACAGCCUUGUGGACAGGAGAAGAAUGAAUACAUGGCAUUGUAGCUUUCCACAGCUGUAAGUUAGCAUAAGCUUGCCAGUCUGCAGUACUGUGUCCCCUGGGAAGCUUUUCCUGUAGCUGUGGGACAACUUGAAUCACUUGAGCUGUUUUCCAACUAGUCCACAACACUGGACACAUGGAGUCUACACUCCCAGUAGGAAAGAUACUGGAGUCCUAAACUGUGUUCUAGGAUAUUGCUUGAAACACUUUUUUUUUACUCAGUGCUGGUACUAAUUACAUUAAACCCCUGCUUUUGUAUUGAUUUGCAGUAUCUCUUCCUACUGACUCAAUGUGUCUCCUAUUCCACCCAUUUGCUUAUUAAACAGGGAUGCGAGGGUAGCAGAAGCGAUGUCAAUAGCUUGUCUUGCUGGCUAAUCUGUUGAAAAUGCUCAACUUGUGUGUCAAAAAUCAGUAGCUUGUGUAAAUACAUGGCUACUUCAGCUAUUUCUACUUGCUCUACUCUACCUCUUGCUACCUAAUAAACAAUGAUGGAAACAACUAAAAAACAGUC